CUCACGUCCUUUUCAAUCAUUAAUCAUAAUACAUAAAGCUAACACAAAAUCAUCGUCUUCUCUUCCCUUCAGCGGGAAAAAAAAUCACAUAAUACUAUCACUUUCCUCUCUCUCUUUCUCAUAUCGCUCUAUAUUCUUUCUAUUUAGCAUCUUGGUGACAAAGAAUCAUGGCGCUUGCGUUCCAUGGCUUCUCCAUAAGGGACUACACUUCAAAGAUAAGGGCGGUUGACGUUUUCAAAUGCUGGCCAUUUGCCGCCGAGGGAGUCAGCCGCUGGGAGGCCGAGUCUUGGCUUCCGCCAAUGACUGUUCCCAAGUUCAGUGGAUGGUCGGAUGAGUUUGUCGAACUGAGAUCUAACCUCCCCGGAGAUGGUGGAGACCAAGGAAGGGAGAAUCGGGAAAGCCAGGCGGUUUCUGAUGAUAGUGAGUCGGAGAAAGUGGAUAAGUUUGUUAGCUGUGGAUGUGAUGUGGAGGAGGAGGAAGUCGAGGAGGAACAGGAGAAGAUUGAGAUGAUUUGUCCGGUGUGCAGAGAUUUCAAAGCUGCGACGCUGACGGCGGUGAACGCGCACAUCGACGGUUGCCUUAUGCGGAGGGUGAGAGAGGAGCGGCAGCGGAUACGGCGGUUGAAAUUGAAGGCGCCGAAGAAGCGAUCCAUCGCGGAGAUUUUCGAGCUGAAGGAGGACGUGGAAGAGGAGAAGCGGCCGCCGGAGAUCGAGACUGAAAUGAAACUCUUGCCGCUGGACGCCUGCGAGGUUUCGAGCGCUGUCACGAAGCUCCGGUGGCUCUCGGAGCGGCUCGAGGCGCUGAGAUCCAACGGAAUUUCCUUCGAAUCGGUGAAAUCCCUCGGAGCAAAGUCAAAUUCCCCGGAGAAGGAGAAAUCGGAGUGGCUGCGUCCUGGAUGUAGGGUUUUCAACACCGUAACGGAGACGGCAGCUAACGAGCACAUCAACGGUUGCCUCGCGACCGCGAUGAGGGAGGAAGGGUGCCGGAGACCGAGUUUGGAUAAUCCGAAGCCGAAAGCGCCGAAGAAGCGCUCUAUCGCUGAUAUUCUCACUGUGGCGCUGCCAAUCGACGGUUAUGGCGACGGAAAACUCGCGGCGGAGGGAGAGAUAGACGAUGAAGGCGAAGAAUUGGAGAAACACGGGUUCUCCGGUGUAAGAAUAAAGAGUAAGAAGUGUACGAACAACAUCGUAAGGAAAAAGAAAAAGGUGAAGAAGAAAAACAAGGUGGAAAAACAAAGCGUUUUGUGUCUGAACGGUGAAAGUAAGAAGAUAAACAAAAGGAAGAAGAAAAAGAAGAAACUGAACAUCGUGUUCACUGCAACGAAGGUUGGAUACAGAUUACAGCUGGAUAAGAUUUGGGUUGUGUGGGAUCUGUGAGUGAAGCUUCAGAAUUUAAAGGAUCCUUUGUUUGGUCUGUAAUAGGAUGUUUUGUUAUGCCAUGCCAGAUGACACUGCGUCUGAAAAUUUACGCUGGUUUGAAGUAAUAUCGAGUUAUUAUCCUAUGGACUAGUGUUUUGUUUAUCAAAAGUGUUUUUUCACAUUAAGAGAGAUAAAAGGAGAGAAAAAUAUAGAAGAUAUUAUGAUAUUAAAAACCAUUAUAAAAAAUAUCGUAUAUAUCUAUUAAAAAAAAUGUGAUUUGCGCUCUUUAUUUUUCUGAAAUUGAAAAAGUAUGAAACGUGGGGUAUGUAAUUUAUUAGGUAAAAUAAUCCUUGUCUUUUAGAGAAAAUGAAAUGAAUGAGAUCCGAACCUAGGUGGAGAGUAUGUAGCUACGAAAGUGAUGAGUACAUGUACAUGUAAUUCUAUCUGAAUAUCAGUACAUUGAGGUUGCACUAUACUGAUAUAAUG